UCCCUUUGCUACCCCGUCACAGACGCGCCGUCCCCCGCUACUACUUCAUACGGCGACGCAAGCCUUGAAUCGUGACAGCUUGACUCUUACUACACAGCGGGAAAGACAGGAUAACGAAAAGAUGGCCGGCGGUGUUGUUGUCACAGGCACCGCCGACGUGGGCCGCGUCGAGGCCCCCGUUACAUUCAAGGCAUACCUUAUUUGCGCCUUUGCCGCCUUCGGUGGUAUCUUCUUUGGCUAUGACACCGGUUGGAUGAGUGGUGUGUUGGCCAUGCCGUAUUUCAUCAGUCUAUACACCGGAAUCCCCUACGAUUAUAACGUCGUCAACGCCGACGGCACGAUCGGUGCUCCUAUCGGCGUUGACAAGGACGCCUUCACCCUACCGUCAGCAACGCAGUCUCUCUUCACAUCGAUCCUGUCAUGCGGUACCUUCUUCGGCGCCCUUGUAGGUGGUGAUAUCGCCGACUUCGUUGGCCGACGUCCUACCAUCAUUACAGGAUGCUUCAUUUUCAUGGUUGGCUGUAUUUUGCAGAUCUCGAGCACCGACCAGGAGGUUCUAUUCGUAUUCGGUCGUCUAAUUGCGGGUGGCGGUGUCGGUUUUAUCUCCGCCGUUGUCAUCCUGUACAUGUCUGAGAUUGCGCCCAAGAAGGUUCGUGGUGCUAUGGUCUCCGGAUACCAGUUCUGCAUUACCAUCGGUAUCCUUCUGGCCAAUUGUGUGGUUUACGCCACCCAAUCCCGCCCCGACUCAGGCUCGUACAGAAUCCCUAUCGGCAUUCAGUUUCUAUGGUCUAUCAUUCUAGGCGCCGGUCUUUUCAUCCUCCCUGAGUCUCCUCGCUAUUUUGUCAAGAAAGGCAAGAUUGAGGAAGCUGCUAAGGCCCUUGCUUACGUCCGCGGUCAACCAUUGGACUCGGAUUUCGUUAAGGAUGAGCUGGCCGAGAUUGUGGCCAACAAUGAGUUCGAGAUGCAGAAUCUUCCUCAGACUUCUUAUAUUGGUUCCUGGACUGCUUGCUUUAAGGGGUCAUUAUUACAGGGUAACAGCAGUAUCAGACGAACACUCCUCGGUUCUGGUUUGCAGAUGAUGCAACAGCUCACCGGAAUUAACUUCAUUUUCUAUUUCGGAAAUGUAUUUUUCAAGCAACUCGGGACUAUUUCGAACCCUUUCCUCAUCUCCUUGGUCACGACCCUUGUCAACGUCUUAUCGACACCUAUCUCGUUCUAUACGAUCGAGAAGUUUGGUCGUCGUGCUCUACUAAUCACUGGUGCUUCCGGUAUGAUCAUCUCCCAGUUCAUUGUCGGUGCUAUUGGCGUCACCGCAGGAAGAGAAGAGGUUCACAAUAGCGCUGCUGCCCAGGCUAUGAUUGCCUUCAUCUGCAUCAACAUUGCCUUUUUCGCCACCACAUGGGGUCCUACCGCUUGGGUCGUCGUUGGUGAGGUUUUCCCGCUACCCAUUCGAUCCCGUGGUGUUGGUAUCUCCACAGCCUCCAACUGGUUCUGGAAUACCAUCAUCGCCGUCAUUACCCCUUACCUUGUCGGCGAAGACGAGGCCAACCUCGGGGCCAAGGUGUUCUUCCUAUGGGGCUCGCUCUGCUGCAUAUCCCUGACGUUCGCAUAUUUCCUCGUCCCCGAGCUGAAGGGUCUGUCCCUCGAGCAGGCCGAUAUGUGCAUGCAGGAAGUCCCCCCCCGCCACUCUGGUAAAUGGAAGCCAAGCCACACGUUUGCCGCCGAGAUGCACCACGUGGAGGACAACGCCGCUCUAGUAGGCGACACUAUCGAGGAGAAGGUCUAAAGAACUGGCCUUUUUUUCCGGUUGCUGUUGAGGGGCGGUAGGCUGUGUGCAUUUUUUUGCUUAGAGGAGCGUGGAUGUAUUAAUCGUGCAUUUAAC